CAGAGGAGAGCUAAAUGCCAGACAUGGCCACGACAGAAGUUACAGUGAAGACUCUGGACUCCCAGAGCAGGACCUAUACAGUUGAAGAAGAGCUCACAGUCAAAGAAUUCAAAGAACACAUCUCCAGCUCUGUAAAUAUCCCACCCGACAAGCAGAGGCUCAUUUAUCAGGGCCGAGUUCUGCAAGAUGACAAGAAGCUUAAAGAUUAUGAUGUCCACCACAAAGUCAUCCACUUGGUCGAGCGUGCUCCACCGCAGGCACAGGCAGCGUCAGGAGGUCUUUCCUCGGCAGGCUCUUCCAUGCCCCACCCAGGAGGCGGGCGAGGGACUUCAGCUGGACCCCACGACAGGAAUGCCAACAGUUAUGUGAUGGUGGGCACCUUCAAUUUGCCAGUCAACCUUCUAGACCCUCAGCAGAUACAGCAAUCAGUGCAGCAGGUGAUGGCAGGUUUGGGUGAGGCUGGUCGGAAUACACGAGUCACAACUUCCACCGGGAGUGAGCCCAGAGUUCGCCUAGUACUGGCACAGCAUAUGCUGAGAGACAUUCAGGGGAUCUUGAACAGGCUGGAGGGUCAUACGAAUGGCACUCCGCAGGAGACGGCCGCACAGAGCCCAGGGGGUGCCACGGACUUGCCAGGAGAACCCACAGCACCGACCGCUCCGGUAGCAGGAGAAACCAUGGAGACAUCCAGUUCAGAGCCUUCACCAGCCACGACGGCCCCACCUCCAGAACCUGCGGCGGAACGUGUCUCCCAGGAGAGUACAAGCACAUCAACAUCCACUGAACCCAAUGUGGGCUCCUCCUCAGCUACCACACAGACCGAAGAAGCUCCGCCUGGGCCCAACCACCCGUCCCCCACAGAGUACCUUGAGGUUCUGACUGAGCUCCAGAGGGUAGAGGCGAGACUGCAGCCAUUUGUGCAGCGGUACCAGGAGAUCCUGAGCACGGCCACAACUGCGGAUUACAACAACAAUACUGAAGGCAGAGAAGAAGACCAGAGGAUCAUCAACCUUGUCGGAGAAGCCCUUCGUUUCUUGGGCAACACCUUUGUGGCUCUGUCUGACCUCCGGUGUAACUUGGCAGCUAACACUCCCCGUCACCUGCAUGUAGUGAGGCCUAUGUCCCAUUAUGCCUCCCCUGUGGUGCUGCAGCAGGCUGUGCCCAUUCAGCAGAUCAAUGUUGGAACGACAGUCACUAUGACAACUAACGGUAGCCGGACACAGCACAUGGCUGAGGGGCAGGCAACGGUCCCGCCCACUGCCAACGCCACUCCUGCUGUCCAGCCGCAGGGCACAGACUCGCGGGAAGCGCCAGAGACCCAGGGGUCGCAGGCACAGACUCAGACCCCACAUCCCCGGGUUAUCCGCAUUACACACCAAACCAUGGAGCCUGUUGUCAUGAUGCAGAUGAAUCUUCAAGGAGAUUCUGCUGCGCCAGGGAAUGCUUCUGCAACUGCUUCGUCUGCAACAGGAAAUUCUGGCCCAGGUGCCAUGCCUCACAUUCAAAUCCCGGGGAUAACACCUGAAUUCAUGCAGACCAUCAUGCAUCAGAUUACCCAGCAGGCUAUGGCAGCAGCUGGCGCAAGCUCAGGGCAGCAAGUUCCUGGGUUCCAGCCUUCGCCUGCUCGAGUGGUGAUCACCCGGCCUCCUCCCCCUCCCCCGCGGCAGACCGAGUCAGCAUCAGGACCACAACCUGGCCCACAGGUUCCUCCUGGCUCGACCCCUGCCCCUGAUCCUAGCACUGGCACCAGCACCACCCCUGGCCCUGCUACUCUUGCUCAGAUGAUCACCGGACUGGUUGGGCAACUUCUGAUGCAGCCUGUCGUCUUCGCCCAGCCCCCGACUAGCGACAGCGGCUCUGCAGCGGCCACCGGCGCCAGCACGACGGCCGCCUCGACCACCGCCACGUCUGCCACGGCUGGCCAAGCCCCCACCUCCACCACCAACUCCACCGGGACCACCGCCUCGGCCACAGCGGAUGGCAGCAACCAGCCCCCUGCUGGCCCCCCCGACGUCCAGUUCUCGCAGCUUCUGGGCAACCUCCUGGGAGCAGCGGGCACCGGGGUCGCCGGCGUGGGCAGCGUGGGCUCGCCCACCAUCACCGUGACUUUGCCGGGGAUGCCGGCCUUCGUGCAGGGCAUGACCGAGUUUCUGCAGGCGGCGCAGGGAGCUGCCACAGCGCCCCAACCGGCUCCGGCCGCCUCCCAGCCGACGACUCAGGCGGCACCUUCUCCUCCUCCUCCUCCUCCUCCUCCCCCCCCUGCAGCUACUGCUCCUCCGCCACAGUCGCAGCCGAGCCAGGACAGGGCCGGCAGCCGGCAGCAGGCCGGAGCAGACACCCUGACUCCGGAGUUCUUCACCAGCGUGGUGCAGGGGGUGCUGUCCUCCAUGAUGGGCUCGCUGAACGCACAGCAGGGCAGCACGGAGAGCAUCGCCGAUUUCAUCCAGCGACUGAGCGGCACCAGCAAUAUCUUCGAGCCGGGAGCAGAUGGCGCUCUAGGAUUCUUUGGCGACCUCCUGUCUCUCAUUUGCCAGAACUUUUCCAUGGUGGACAUGAUCAUGUUGCUGCAUGGUCAGUUCCAGCCCCUGCAACGCAUCCAACCUCAGCUGAACCGCUUCUUCCAGGAGCAAUACCUCAACAACCAGGAGCCGACAGAACAGACCAUCCGGGCAUCAACAGACGUCUUGAUAAAUGGUCUGGAGGAGUAUAUCCAAGAAAGUUUUGCAUCUGUUGUAGUCCGAGAUGAAGUAGACAUCACUCGUACGAAUUUGGAUUUCUUAAGGGAGCAGUUCAACAGGAUCGCCACACACAUUCUCCAGUGCACUGACGCUAGUUUUGGUCACCGGCUGCUGGAGUUGUGUAAUCAGGCUCUGUUUGAGUGCUUGGCGCUGAACCUGUACAGUCUACGAGGAGAGCAGAGUGCGUUGACCUCAGUAAUCAAUGAUCGGAUCCGGCGUAUGUCGGUGGACGUCAACCCCUCACUGGUGAACUGGCUGACCACUAUGAUGGCAAUGAGGCUACAAGUGAUCAUGGAGCACAUGCCAGUGACAGAGGAGCAGAUCCUGCAGUAUGUCAGGAGGAGGCCGCCUCUGCCUCAGGAGCCAGCAGCCCAGCAGAACGUGUCUGAGGAGUGUAUGGAGGAGCACCCAAUAGAGUCUGAAGAGGCUGUACAGGAAGCACCACAGAGGAAGGACUCGACUGCUUCUCCGGCUCCCGCCACCACCGCGGAGGAGGUGAUGUCGACGGAGCCUGCUGUAUCGAUGGGGGCAGACGCUGCGCAGAGGGAAGGGUCGGAGGCAGAGCCUUGGGUGGCUGCUGUGCCACCGGAGUGGGUGCCCGUAAUCCGACAGGACAUCCAGACCCAGAGGAAGAUGAAGCCACAGCCUCCUCUCAGUGACGCCUACCUCAGCGGCAUGCCAGCUAAACGGCGAAAGACGAUGCAGGGUGAAGGGCCACAGCUCUCUCUGGCAGAUGCCGUGGGUAAAGCUGCGAAAGCUGUAGGCGUCAAACCGGUCACCAGCGCAGAGAGCCUAGCUCAGGAUCUGGAGAAAGCAGAGGCCCAAGAAGCCUACAGGCAACAGAUUCAGUCCGACAUCCAGAAGAGGAUAAGAGAAGACCCGGAAUACAAUGCAGAGCGGUUUCCAAACACACACACUGCCUUCGAGGAGCCCUCAUAGUGCCACCUCCAUUCUCUCCCAAAAACCCCACCUCCGUCGGGACUUGAGCUACUUGUCCAGUUUCUGACCAGGGAGCAAGCCGAAGGUUCCCAUGUUGUGUGCGUGUGUCGCCGUUGAGAAUCCACUCACUGUCCACACUGUUCAUUAUUCUCCUCCCGCCACGGAAAUCCGUGUAGCACUUUUUUUUUGUUGUUUGUUCUCAAUCUUGAAUAAAGUACCACAGCUCUGUGCAGCAGUGAAGCCUGAUAAACCUCGA